GUCGGGUUGUCUAAAUUCUAUCCACUCAUCGUGGCUCGUGGGUUUUUACGCUCGGCUCAGAUGGAAAAAUUCUAGUGUUUGCUUGACUCUCAACGUCUUCUCGCCAAGACGUCCUGCGCGGGAGAAUCCCUGAGUGCAAAACCCCGUGGAAAAACAGUUCCCGGAUUGUGAAAGCGAGUGCCAAGUUGGAAGUGAAAGUGCGCCUGGGAAUUGAGACUCCGCCACGAUCUGAUAAUGGAUCACGAGAGCGAUAAAGUCAUACGUGUUGGGUCGCGCAAGAGUAAGUUGGCGCUCAUUCAGACCAAACACGUCAUUGGGGAGCUUCAGAAGCUCUUCCCGGACAGGAAGUUCGAGAUACACACCAUGUCAACGGUGGGCGAUCGCGUGCUGAACAUUUCGCUGCCCAAGAUCGGCGAGAAGAGUCUCUUCACCAAGGAUCUGGAGGAUGCGCUGCGCAGCGGCACGGUGGACUUUGUCGUGCACUCGCUCAAGGAUCUGCCCACGGUGCUGCCGGACGGCAUGGUGAUCGGGGCGGUGCUGGAGCGCGAGGAUCCGCGCGAUGCUCUAGUGCUGAACAAGAAAUACGCGGGAAAGACGCUGGCCAGUCUCCCGGAGGGCUCUGUCAUCGGCACCUCGUCGCUGCGACGCACCGCGCAGCUGUCCAGAUUCCAUCCGCACCUGGUCGUGAACGACAUUCGCGGGAAUCUCAACACGCGCCUGACGAAACUCGAUGCGGCGUCUGAUGACUUCGCGGGCAUCAUCCUCGCCCAGGCGGGACUCGUGCGCAUGGGCUGGCAGGAGAGGAUCAGCGAGGUGCUGAAGUGCUCGGAUCUGCUGUACGCUGUCGGCCAGGGUGCGCUGGCGGUGGAGUGUCGCUCGGACGCGGCGGAUGUGCUGGGAAUGCUGGAGAAGCUCUGCUGUCGCGUCACUGAGGCGCGGAUCGUGGCCGAGAGGAGCUUUCUGCGCACACUGGGCGGCGGCUGCAGCGCUCCCGUGGCCGUGAGCAGCUCCCUGAAGGCGUCCGCCGAACAGAGCGGCAAGAAGCUGAGCCUGCGCGGCGCCGUGUGGAGUCUGGACGGCAAGACCGAGAUCCAGCACCAGCUGGCGUGCGAACUGCCCUGGGAGACGCUGGAUGCGGUGGACGAGGUGCCCGCGAAGAGGCUGAAAGUGGACGAGGAGCCGCAGAGGCGAAGCCCUGAGAUCAUAAAUGAUUCCAAGGCGAGCACGGAGAAUCUGGACAUCGAGGCUCUCAUCAACAUCCACGGAGACGCCUUCAAGCGCUGCCCGUACUCCAUGGAGCACCAGAAGGCCGCGGAGGGCCAGAAGAAAUGUCCUCUGCACAUCCCGAUUGGACAUGACGUCAUGGGCGAGUGUCCUUUCUUCGACACCGCCCAGAAAGUCGAUCUGGCGGACACUUUCAGGCCCGAGGCGAGAUCUAGCGCCGUCAUCGAAGCGCCCCCAAUCGACAAGUGUCCCUUCCUGGCGAAGCAAAUCCAGCUGAUUGAGCCGAAUGAGGUGCAAAAUGGAACAACAGCGAAGGCAGAAGACCAAAUUUCGCCCUUCUGUGGCCUCUUCUGUCACAGCAACGCAAACAGCGAUGUCCUGACCAAGUGCGAGGAGUUGGGACGGGAGUUGGCAAACACGCUCAUCAAGAAUGGUGCUCUUGAGGUCAUGAGGAAGGCUCAGAACGAAAUUCGUGAGAAGGCCUAAUCAAUCAUUUUCCACCCCUCUUUUUUAUUAUACAAUUGUAAUAGGGUAUCAAUUAGCGCAAUAUCACGAAUUUAUGGUGGUAAAGAAGACAUUGUUGGACAUCAUUUUUCAAUAAAGAGGCAUGAAAUACAUG